AUGGGGAGAAAUAUCCAAGAAUUUUACAAUUUAAGGCAUAGAUAUUUGGAUAAAAGGAAAGAGACAAAUUUAAAUAUUUUAAAAAGUACUAGAAAUAAAAUAACAUUCAAUAAUGACGUAGAGGUUACAAAUACACACUUUCAUUUAGGCGAAAAUAAAGAUGAAUGCAACAAUAAUGCACCAACAAGCGCGCAUAAAGUAAAGGCCCAAAGGAAGACAGCUGGGUUAAGGCAGGACCAUGAAUGUGGUGAACACAGUGGAAGGCAUAAGGACAGGACUAAACCUAAAGACGAAGAAAAAGGCAGCGACAAAAGUGGUAAAAUGUGCAAAAUGGUCCAAAUAGCCAAAAUUCAUGAAGGCGAUAAAAGCAGGGUGAACGACACUAACCAUGCAAACAAGGCUAACAAGGGACCGGAGGGAUCCAUCAACCGCAAAACAGGUCAUAAAGGUAAAGAAUGCCAUUUGCGCAAGUCGGAAGAGUGCAAAGACCACUACGUAAGUUGCGAAGACCAACACACAGGCGAAUGUGAAAUCAUCCGAAACACGAAUGAAACAGGCACCUGUUCAGAUGUUUACGUGACAAAUUCAAACAACUCAUCAGCGCAUCACAAGAAUGAUAAAAAAUUGAAUAGCCACUGGGGAUUUAGCUCCAAUGAGGCACAUGUGCACCUAGUUGAACAUGAAAAAAAUAACAAUUUAAACAUUAACAACGUGAAUAAUUCGGAAAUAAAAAACGUAUACGAUGUUUUAGAUAAAAAUGUUCGUUUCAUCUGCUCCAAAAUUAAUGGUAACGGAACGAACACAACAGAUGGCAACAGUACCAUAAUUCAAAGUGAAUACAGACGUAAGAAUGAGCAACAAAAUAAGACUCAUGCUACAUCUAAUAUAUGUUACAACAGCAAUAAUGACGAAAAAUUGUCUCAUGCAACGAUAAUAUGUGACACAGUAAAUGCAAAUUUAAAUGCAAAAAAUGAUGAUCAUGCCAAUGAUGGAAAUUCCUACUAUGGUGAAAAAUAUGAUUAUGAAGUGAAGAACAUGUACGAGGCGGGAAUCCAAAUGAAUCAAGGCAGCAACAAUAAUAUCUACCCUUUCACCGAUGAAAACGAUUUACCCGUCAUGGAGGAUAUUAACUCCUUGAUCGACCACAAUGUGCUAAAUGAAAGAAUCCAUACAACAGAAAAAAUAAAUGUACAUAACAUAUACAAAGUGUCCUUUCCAAAGGAAUACCCAGACAAUCUGGUAACAAGGGAAAAAUAUCUGCACAAGAGCUAUCAUUUCCCUACAUUUCUUAAUAAACAAAUAAACGAACUAACGGAUAAAUACGCACAUUGUGCAAAGAUAGCGCACCAUGGAAUUAAUGAAACACAUGAUAAUCCUAUGGAUAAUAAGCUCCAAAUGUAUAAAGCGAUUUAUAGGCACUACUCCGAUAGGGGCCAAAGUAACAAUAGUCAAAAUGUCAAGGGCAUAACCAGUUAUGAGGACAGCGGGGAACAAAAUAGCAAUCAGGUUAGUGUGAACACCUGUAGAAAGAAUCUCACACAUCACAUUCAGAAUAAUUUCGAGGAUGAGCAUAAGUCGAAUAUAGCCCGCACAAAAUGCUUUUCGAGUAACAACUCUGAGCAAAGAGGAAAAAGCAACGGCACCAACAACAGUGGCAGCGAACACCAGAGCACCAAUUAUCGUACACCCAAUGGAAACAACUCCAGAGGUGCCUACAGCAGUAGGCGCAACAACGGACAUAAUGACAACUACUACGGUCAUAACUGCAACCGUAGUAACAAUGCGAAAAAUGGAAGUGACGACGAUGACAAGAAUAGCAGCGAGGAUAACAAGAAUGGCCGGGACCAUGACAAAAAUGCAAGUGACGAUGACAAAAACGACAGCGAUGAUGAAAAGAACGAAAGCGAUGAUGACAAAAACGAAAGAGACCACGGCCAUAACGAAUUUGAUGCAAAAGGGAGACCCCAUCGUGAUAGCUUCAAAUUUUGCCACAAGGCUGUCAACCCAGAUUACGGCGAACAACAGAUCCAACAAAGCAAAUUCUAUUCCAAAGAAGCCCAACACGAGGAACUAAGCAACGUAUACAAAAAAAUGCAGACCAAACACAUGAACAGUUCAGGUGAUUUACACAAAGGAUUAUAUAUGCAGCAAAAUAAAAGGAAUAUCAGUCCAAAUAAUAAAUAUCUAGAGGAGGACAGGUACGUAAGAAGUGAUGAUAUAACCAUACCCAUUAAUCAUUUCCUCAAAAGAAAAGAAACCUAUAAUUGGAAUAAAGAACAUUACGAUAUAUUCCACUCGUUAAAUGAUAUAAUAAGUGAAGUGAAAAAAAAAAGCAACUUUUUUAUAAAUAAUUAUAAGAAUACGGAUAUUCUCAUAGACAAUAAUAACAACGCACUAAAGAGCAAAAUCAAUAGCACCCUCUUCAGCCACAUAAACAAAAAUGGUAAUUACCCCAAGGGUAUUCACCCUCCAAUCUAUGCAGAUAGCAAUAUGAGAAAAACACAUAAUGCGGAAUAUGUCAAUAAUAAUCUGUAUAAGCAGAAACUUGGAAGCAGCAGUGCAUUAAAUAUAAAACACACUUCCCAUUUAGGGGCUAGAAAUAGCAUUGCUUAUCACGCCGAGAUGGACAACUCUGGUUAUACCUACAACGGUUACAGAAGUAACCACAUUGAUCAUAUCAGCGGCAACAGCGCCAACUGCAGCGAAUACGAUUGUGAUGAACAACCCUUUAGAAAUGAUAGAAGCCCUGUAAUAUGUAACAAAAUGAGUAGCUUAGAAAUGUACAACAUGGGGACGCAAAAUCGACACGUAGGAAAUUGCACGAAGAAGCAAACCCUCCAAUACGAUGGAAACUUCAAGACCGCUCGAACUGACCCGUUCGAAUACAGCAGUAACUUCCUCCAUAAGAAUAAACUAAAACAAAACAGUUAUUGCAAACGGGUAAUGUUUAAAAACGUUGGACACAAAGUUGACAGAAAAUUCGUGCAAAUUAAGACAGAGGAAAACAUAAGCGCACACACAGAUCCCCUUAAGGAAUACGACAAAAUGAAAGACAUAUAUAUGCAGGAAAACCCGAAUGGUAAGAAUAGCUUAAUAAAUAAAGAUAUGUACAUCAAUAUUAAAGGAACAGAAAACUCGAAUUCAUUUCCGUCUGCACAACACAACAAAGGUACCAAACCCCCCUUCGAUAGUUCUCUUAUGAAUUCCUAUUCUUAUUUACAAAAUGAGUUAAAGGAUGUAGACGACAUUCACACAUCCAUAUCGAACGGCAACAAAGCGCACGUACAGUGGUCCCUGAGGAGGAACAUGCCAACGACGGCUGUGCAGAACCAAGAAAAGGACACUCCGUACAGUAACACCCGUAGCAACGCGCAUCAACCCAUGAGUCACCAUCACGAAGUGACCAAAGCGAGUAGAAAUAACACAGAAAAGGAGAUGAAGAGAAAAAUUGUAACAAAAGGAUAUCUACAUAAAAACCACAAUUUCCUUCAGUACAAUCAAUACGCAGAGAAUAACAUAAUCCUAGAGGACAGCAGGCCAGAUGUAACUUACGAGAUUAAACAUGCAAAUGAAGCAAUGGGUGCCAACAGAAGUAGCGCCACGAACACCACGAGAAAUACAAAUCCCUUUGUAACAAAAUGUUAUAACGAACAGAAUGAUUAUGAGUACAUCGAGGACGACAAUUCCAUGUGUUGCGUAAAUAACGACCAGCCUGAUCACAAAAUCCCUUACCUAAUAAUCAACCCUGGACACGGGACCAGUGAUAAAAUGAACUACGUGAACUAUCCGACCGCACGCACAUUGAGCGGAGGCGACUUCUUAAACACAAAUAACGCACAUACAUUCUUCCACAACGGGGAAAACAACAACCCAGUUUGUACAGUGGAGUACUAUGAUGAUGUCAUCGGUGUAAUUCCUGGCGAAGUGGAAAACACCAGUGCUAAUAUCGCUGUGCAUAAUUAUAACCCACAAAGUUUCAAGCAUAGCUAUACCCGAGGGAACAAAGGAAGCAACUUCGAAAGAGUUAACUGCGGUGGUAAGAAGGAACAUACGAGCUCUGCGGAACUUCCCAAUAAUGUCAAAACUGGUGGGAGCAAUUACCUCACGAGAAGCAAAUCCUCCCAUGAUACCCAGCACAACUAUUCAGAUCAAAGCAUUGAUUCCAUAUAUGAUCGAGGAACGAGCAGACUAUAUGAAUACGACUCAGAAAUGAAUAGGAAAAUAUUGAAAACACAGGGGGGACCAAAACUAACACAAAAGGCGACAAAGGAAAAGCGAAAAAUGAGAUCGUUAAAUAAUAUAGAUACGAAUUACUCCAUUGAAAGCCUAAAAUUAGGAGCAGGGAAAACGAGGAAAAGAGGAUUCAAACUUAUGAACAAAAACAUCAGCGCUAUCAGUAAUGGAAAUGGCAAAAGAAGCCAAUGUACAAAGGUGAACAGCAGUAACCACGAUAUAUGCAACCCGAAUACAGAUCCAUUCAAUUGCGAAAAGAUGCAAGAUGACCCCGUCGACAUGACGAACGGAGAAGUUCAUCAUAGAAAAAUUUCCACUGAUAACAUAAACUAUGAACAAAGCAAAAUAAACCCAUAUAGACAAAAAGUCGCGGAAGCAGAUUGCAACGGAGGAAACGUCGCAUCAGCAGAUACGGAAGGUAGUAUUUUACGCUCCAUAGACUAUUACAGAAAUUAUGACUCCGUCAAAUGUGUGAAAGAGGAUUUACUAAGAAAUGAAAAGUUCCCAUUCAUCUUUUACGAUUCUAGCAUACGCAAUUUGGUAAUAUACUACAAGGAUGGUUGCAGUGACGAAAUUAAAUGCAAAUAUUUUUCCGCUCAACGAUUUGGACACGCAACAGCCAAAAAAAUUGCCCUGAACUUCCUAAGGUCCCUAGGAAUCAAUCCAGAUCACCUAGAAAAUAAUAAUGUGUUUUCCUAUGAAAAGGACUCCAAAAGUAAGCUAUACAACAUGGAAACAGAAAAGACAGUUGUGAACAAAGAAGAAAACUCAAAUAUUAAUCUUAUGUAUGACACGAAAAAGAGAAACGUAAUCGUCUCAUGGAUUAACAAAGUCAAAGGAUAUAGCUUCAGAAAAUUCUCGGCACAAAGAUUCGGAUUCGAUGUUGCCUUAGGCCUCUCUAUUGAUUUCUAUAAAAAUUUAGGAGGAGAAAAAGAAGAAGACGAAAUACGAAAUUAUAUUAAUAAAGUCAAUUCAAAAUUUAAGAGCAUUCGAAUAUUAGCAAAUAAAAAAAAAAAAAAAAGGAAAACGGAAAAAUCAUAG